ACCCGUUAUCAAUUGGGGUUUUUUAAUAUCGCCCUCGAAGGGAAGCGCGGAUGGGGAAAGGGCUCCGCGCUCGGUGUCGCCGUUCCGGGACAAAACGGCGCGGGCGGCGCCGCCUUUCUCGCCUCCGACUUAAGGCCUCACGACAGCGCCACGCCCAGGCACAAAAUGGCCGCCGCGGCGUGAGGGUGUGAGAGCGGGCGGGGCGGGAACUCUCGCGAGAGUUCGAGCUUAUCGCCCUAUCUCCUCGCGUGGGCGGCGCCGAGAUCUCGCGAGAGCUCGUGCAGCCGGCGGGAGCAUCAUGGCGGCGGCAUUGACGGCGGCGCGGCGGAGGGUGAUGCGGGCCGCGCUACGGCCGCGCGCGGUGAGUGACCACUCAGAGCCCGGCCCGCCGCCUACCGGGCCCCGCUCCCGCCGCUUCCCGCCCGUUCCCGCCCGUUCCCGCCGCACCGGAGGCGGUGGGCACGCGUGUGUCCCCGUGGAUUUCGAGGAGGUUCGCGUGAACGCGGAGGCGCCCGAGGACGACGUGCAGAACGCCAUCACGGCCAUCCGGCGCAACGGCGUGGCGCUCAAGGGGAACAUCGAGACCAACCACAACCUCCCCCCCAGCCACAAAUCCCGCAACAACCUCAUCAGGACCAGCCUGGAUCUCUACGCCAACGUGAUUCACUGCCAGAGCCUGCCCGGGGUGGAGACGCGGCACCGGGACAUCGACAUCCUCAUCGUCAGGGAGAACACCGAGGGGGAGUACAGCUCCCUGGAGCACGAGAGCGUGGCGGGCGUGGUGGAGAGCCUGAAGAUCAUCACGGCCGGGCGCUCGCGCCGCAUCGCGCACUACGCCUUCGGGCUGGCCCGCGCCGCCGCGCGCCGCUGCGUCACCGCCGUGCACAAGGCCAACAUCAUGUACGGCUGGGGGGUCCCGGGGGGAGGGCCGUUACUGGCCACGCGGAACACCGGCAAGAGCAUCGCCAACCGCAACAUCGCCAACCCCACGGCCGCGCUGCUGGCCGCCUGCAUGAUGCUGGACCACCUGCGGCUGCACAACCACGCCUCCACCAUCCGCAAGGCCGUGCUGGCCUCGCUGGACGACCCCCGGACGCACACGCCGGACAUCGGGGGCCAGGGCACGACGUCGGGCGCGGUGCAGAGCAUCAUCGGGCACCUGCCGCGGGGCUGAGCCCCCCACGGACACGGGGACCCCGGGACCCCCAAAACGGCCCUGGGACCCCCCCCGAACAGCCCCGAGACCCCAAAACGGCCCCGGGACCCCCCUGGAACAGCCCCGAGACCCCAAAACGGCCCUGGGACCCCCCCAGAAUAGCCCCGGGACCCCAAAACGGCCCUGGGACCCCCCUGGAACAGCCCCGGGACCCCAAAACGGCCCUGGGACCCCCCAGAAUGGCCCCAGGACCCCCAGGAAUGGCCCUGGGACCCCAAAAUGGCCCUGGGAACCCCCCAGAGUGGCCCCUGACCCCCCUGGAAUGGCCCCAAGAUCCCAAAGCAGUUCUGACCCCCCCCCCCCCCAGAAGACCCCCAGGAGCACAGGCCUGACACCCCCAGGACCCCCCUUGAAACAGCACCAGGACCACCUGAAACACCCCCCGGGACCCCCAAACACCCCCGGGACCCCCCUGGAACAUGGCAUCUACCACACAACACCACUGGGACCCCCCAAAACACCCCAGGCCCCCCCAAAACACCCCAGGACCACACAACACCACUGGGACCCCCCUCCAAGACACCCAAAGCACUUCCAGGACCCCAAAACACCCCUAGGACCCUCCUGGGACCCCAGAACACCCCUGGGACCCCCCAGAACACCCCCGGGACCCCAAAGCACCCCCAGGACCUUUAGGACCACGAUGCACCCCAAGGGACCCCAAAACAGCUCUGGGACCCCCCAGGAGCACGCACAAAGCCCCUGGGACCCCCCUGGAGCCCCCCAGGACACUCUAGGGUCCCACCAGGACCCCCCCAAACCCCCCACAGGACCACGAAGAGCACCCCAACCCCCCCACGGGACCCCAGUAAACACCUGAGGACGACCAGGAGCCCCCCAAACCUCCCGUAGGACCAACAGGAGCACCCCAAACCCCCCACAGGACCCCAAUUAUCACCCCAGGACCAGCAGGAACCCCCCUAACUCCACACAGGACCACCAAGAGCCCCCCAAGCCCCUCCCAGGACCACCAGGAGCACCCCAAGCCCCUCACAGGACCACCAGGAGCACCCCAAACCCCCCAGAGCAGCACCAAGAGCACCCCAAAUCCCCCACAGGACCCCAAUAAACACCCCAGGACCAGCAGGAGUCCCCCAGGCCCCACACAGGACCACAAUGAACACCCCAGGACCACCAGGAACCCCCCAGAAGACCCAAAUAAGCACCCCAGGAGCCCCCAGACCCUGCACAGGACCCCAGUAAAAACCCCAGGAUCUCCUAAACCCCCCUCAGGACCACCAAGAGCACCCCAAACCCCUCACAGGACCACCAGGAACCCCCAAAAGACCCCAGACAAACACCCCAGGACCACCAGGAGACCUCCACAAAACCCUAAACGUCCCAGGACAACCUUGACCCCCCACAAAACCCCAAUAAACACCCUAGGACCACCAGGAACCCCCCAAAACCCCAAUAAACACCACAGGACCACAAAGACCCCCCCAGAAGACCCCAAUAAAAAUCCCAGGAGCCCCCAAGCCCCCCACAGGACCAUCAGGAACCCCCCCAAAACACUCCCAUGAAAACCUUGAACCCCCCCACAGGGCCCCAAUUAACACCCCAGGACCACCAUGACCCCCCACAAAACCCAAAUAAACACCCCAGGAACCCCCAAACCCCCCACAGGAUCACCAGGAAUCCCCCACCGGUACCCCUAUAAACACCCCAGGACCACCAGGAAGCCCCCAGUGGUACCCCAAACAACACCCCAGGAACCCCCGAACCCCCCACCAGGAACCCCCCACAACAGGACCCCAAUAAACACCCCAGGACCACCGGGAACCCCCACAGGACCCCAAUAAACACCCGGUACCACCGGUACCCCAAUACACAGCCGGUACCCCAAUAAACAGCCGGUAGCGCC